AGGACGGUCUAAACCACUCGCUCUCUCUCUCUCAGACCAAUGCAGGGUCUGCUCCGGUCAGGGACUAUCACCUUGCGUCGCCCUGCACUGCAUGGCUGCAUACGCUCUCUAGCGACUCGUGCUCCUUUCGUUCCCCCAGCACAACUCGAAGAUGUGAAGUCCGAAACCCCGCGAAGGCGCAGAGAGGAAGAAGAUGAACGGGAAGCCCCCAAGUCGCCAUCUUUCUACUCUGGACGCGUUUCGUACUACGAUCAGUACUCCCACAUUGAAGGCGCGGUCGAGCAUACGCGCUCGGCUCUCAAGAUGCUACAACUCCUCCCUCUCCCCGAUUUUGCGCGAGCUUCGAUUCCGAAACGUCCCUCUAUAUGGAAGGGCGCGCGGGAAAUGAGCGAGGACCUCGGAAUGGCCAUGACCAGCACCCGGUACCGUGCCCUUACCCGCCUGCUCACGAAACUCAACGGGUACUACGCCGUUGCGAAAGCGGCGGGCUGUGACGAACUUGCCACGCGAACGAAGAACCUGCUCAACGUCUUCGAAAGCUCGACGAAGGAGUCGAACCUGUACCGUGGGAAGGGCAAGGUAGUUCACGUCGACCAUCUCGGGCGGUCUUAUUCUUUCGGAAAACGGAAGACCAGCACGGCUCGUGUGUGGAUGGUACCGACUGCAAAGCCGGUGGACAAACUUGAAACAAUUGACGUGGAGAAGGUCGGGUCACUGGACGAGGCGGCGGGGCUCCUCGCGUCGCAGCCAGAGCGAUUUCAGCAGCCUCAGCUUGUACCCAAAAGCAAUAUCCUCAUCAACAACAUCCCGAUAGGCGAAUACUUCCCAGUCCCGGGUGAUCGCGAGCGAGUCGUUCGACCAUUGCAAGUUGCCGGUGUUCUAGGUGCUUACAACAUCUUUACACUGGUUCGUGGCGGAGGAAGCACUGGCCAGUCUGGAGCAUUGGCACAUGGCAUUGCGAAAGGAAUCAAAAUCCACCAGCCAAAUCUGACUCAUCUGCUACAGUCAACGAAACUGUUGCGUCGUGACCCUCGUAUGGUGGAACGAAAGAAAACAGGUCGUGCCAAAGCGCGCAAAGGAUAUACUUGGGUCAAACGUUAGUACCGCUCGUCGUAGUAUUUCAAUUGAAAUAUUUCUGCAAUUUCCACCUCACGGUCGCAUGGUCUCAAAGCACAAUAUUCUGUGGCAUGAGCUCCUGCUGUAGCAUGCGC